GUAAACUACACCUCUCAGUCUCGGCGACAUUCACCCCAUCAACUUCAUUUCUAAGCACGAGCGUCGUUCCUCGCUGCCAUCGCGUCGUCCGGCAAUGAAGUCCGAGAGCGACGCUACCCAGCGAGCUCAUGGAGGCCGCUGUGCGAUGGUCACCGUUCUCUUCUGGCAAUAGGGAGAAAUUCCUCGUUGUGGAUGUCAUCGACCAGAGCUUGACCCUCAAUCACAUCAUUAACAGGCGACGGAAAGAUGCCAUCUUUAGACAAGUGGCACGAUAUGGUCGACUCCCCAACUUUGGUGCUUUUGACUGGUCCAAGACGGACGAGUCGGUCGUGGCCCUUGGCCUGGUGUCUGGAAGCGCAUGUCUGGUUAAGCUGAACGAAAAUGAACGUGCAUCAGAAACUAUCGCCACGUUCAAAUUGAGACAGCAGAGAAAGUGUAAUUCAAUCGCUAUUAGCACGGAAAAUUGGCUGGCCGUGGCUCUUGACCGGACGCGUUCGGACGCGUGUCUCAACAUCUUCGACGCCAGUGGCCAGGGUAACAGUGCCGAGCCAAUACGACGUCUGUGCCCAGCAGAAGUUGUUUCGAGUGUUAGAUUCGUACCCAACCAUCCAGAGGAGCUUAUAGUCGCGGCGCAGCGGUCGCUGAUCAGGCUGUACGAUCUCAGAGAUGACUAUUUUGCCAGCAAAAGCGGUAUUCAAGUAACUACUAAAAAUGUCCAUAAUAUUGCUGUUGACCCGCUCGAUGAAAACUACUUCGCUUCCGCUGGCUCGACGAAUGAUCCAUCCGUGACAGUGUGGGAUAAGCGCUGGAUCUCCCAAAAUGGCUCUGGUACCGGGACAGGGGGCGCCGUGUUCGACUUUCAGCCCGCUGUUGACAACACGACCACUGCCACGAUAUGGAGUCUGAGAUAUUCUGGUCAGCAACGGGGCCGUCUAGCAAUGUGCUCUAGUCGCGGUGAAUUGAAGGUCAUUGACAUGGUAGAAGGACGUAAUUCACUGCUUCAUGAUAUGGAAUACCUGCCAGUGAACUCUCACGGCGGACAGCCGUGGAUACACAACAGUUACGUCUCCCAGACGAGGUCCGUCGAACGGCCUCUCGACGAACAUCCAGAGGCAGGCUUAAAUACGAAACUAAUUGCCUUCGACUGGAUUCCCGCGAAUCCCCAAGCAGUCGAGCAGGAUGUGCUCGCUCUACGGCCAAAUCGGAAGAUUGACAUCUUACGAGUGCCUCGUACAGUGUCUCAAGCUUGCGUUAGUGCCCGAUACGAUAUGAGCAUGGCGUUUGAAGAUAUCUCCAUAUUAGAGCCGAAGGCGCCAGUAGAACCAGCCUCUGCUCAGCCAUACAAGCAGGCGCGAACGGCCGAGGAUUUCGGCCCCUCGGACUAUGAAGGCGAAUCGAUGCACAGUGAUGCGCAAGAUGAAAGGUUGGCAUGCACAGUCGAUUCUCCGCAGCUGGCUAGUAUGCUGGCCUGUCCAACUCUCCAGCGAGAGCGGUGCCGGCGAGGCUACCUGUGGAAUUGCGCCCGAAAUACAGAGCUUGUGUCUGGCAACUGGCAGCUAGAGAGGCUUUGGGAGAUCAUCAACCGCUUCCGGCAGCAAGCCAAUCGAGAUGGAAUGGUUGCAGAGCGUCAAAAUCUCGACCUCUCUUACAUUGGCAUUGCCGCAAUCUGUGCCGAGAAAAUUGGCACAAAUCCGAACCGCAAGCUGUCGUUCAGAACGGGUAAAAUGGAAGAUGCAGUGGUCGACCUAGCGGCCUCCCGAGGUCUACCGCCAUACGAGGGAAUACGUACCCAGUGCCCUCAUACUCGCCAGUUAUGCUUAGAAAUGUGCGGGUGGAAGUUCAGACAGGAUGACCUGGAACAGGAAUGCCGAGAUCUUUCCAACCGGGGCUUGCACUAUCAAGCCGUGGUGCAAGCUGUGCUUCACCAGUGCAAACCCAUCGCGCUCAACCUGCUCAGGUCCCUCAUCAGGGCGAAGACGGUGCCCAAUUCGGGACUUGGGGCAUUACUAGCUUCGGACAAGAUCAACGAAGAACAGCGCGAAAUGUGUAUGUGGAUGGCAGCGGAUACUGACGACCCAGCCCUGAAGGCUUUGCUGGCAUAUCUGACGACUGGAGACUGGCGAGAUGUGAUGAAGACCAACUAUUUACAUCUGGGAUACCGUGUUGCCCUCGGACUCAAGUAUCUCGACGACAAUGAAUUGUAUGGAUUCAUCCAGAGCGAGACGGCGAGAGCCAUCAAGAACGGCGACUUGGAAGGAAUUCUCCUGACAGGACUCGGCGAACAGUCGAUGAAUCUGCUCCAAACCUACAUCACCAAAAGCAACGAUCUGCAAACCGCAGUAUUGGCCGCUGCCUACACGAAUCCGCGCUUCAUCGACGACGUCCGAUGGGAGAUGUGGAAAGAGACGUAUUUCAUGCAAAUGCAGAGCUGGCGCGCCUUUACCGAACGCAGCCAAUUCAUGGUGCAACACAGCCAGAUGGCCGGCACGGAAGACCGACGGAACUCGUCUGAUUCUCCGACGGGACAAAUCUCCUUGCGCUGUAACCACUGUCAACUCUCUCUCGCCAAAUACGACAACAAACGUGGUAGCGGUGGUAGCCGUAGCCGUAGCGGAGGAGGAGGGGGAGGAGCAGACCUCACCAAGAACGCAGCAACGACGACAACAACAACAACAGGCGGAGGUACUACAACCACCCCUUCCCUCCCCGCUUCCUCCCGUAAUUCCGCCAUCGCCUCCGCCAGCGCAGGCAUCACAUGUCCCAAAUGCGGCCGACACAUGCCUCGGUGUGGAAUUUGCAAAAUGUGGUUAGGAACCCCGGACCCGCACCGCAGCAGCAGCAGCAGCAACAGCAACAACAGCAGAGGAGGGGCCGCCAAGGAAAAUGAAGUGGCGAAAUUGAACGAGGAAGUCAUGGCCAAGUUUUUGACGUUUUGCGUGAAUUGUGAACAUGGCUUUCAUGCGCAUCAUGCGAAGCGGUGGUUUGCGAAACAUGACACGUGUCCUGUGCCGGAUUGUAGGUGUUUGUGCACAGUGAGGUGAGGGGAGGUGACAGGGAAGAGGGAGGAGGG